AUAAAUAUAAAUAAUAAUAAUAAAAACAAAAACCUUUACAAUUAGAUAGUUAUAACAAAAAUAACGGUAAAAGAAAACUUACACAAGUGCUGCUACAGCUAAAACAAUAAAAUUCUGCGCCAUUUUGUAGACCCAACUUACAAAUACCAAUACACGCAAAGCUCCAGCCCACUCACACAAAUACACACGCAUACACACAAACAAAGAUACAGAUGCCAACGCGCAGCACCAAUACCAAAACGACUGUGUACAUAUGAAUGUUUGUAUGUAAAAUGUUUGUUGGGAGCCUGGUAAAUUGCGAUAUGGGGACCUUGAAAUAGAAGAGCAAACACGCCAAGACAACAAGAAGAGACCCACCAAACUUAAUUUGAAAAACGAAAAAAUAUAAAAAAUAAAACGAAGCAGUAGACAGUAGCCCACCUGAAAAGUCAAAAGCCCGCAGCACCUGCCAAGAGACAUUUUUUGUUUUAACCAAGUACGCCCACGCAAGCGCAUGUCCAGCUACAACAACAAUAAGAAGAACAAGAAGUAGAAGAACAACAAAAGGCAAAUUAAACAAGUUCUACCAAAUAAUUUGGACUUGAUUAAACUUGUCACAAAACGCCGCCAAAAAUUGUUUGGCAUGGAAACGCCGUCAGCAUCAGAGUGGAGAGAAUCGCGUCGUCAGGGACAAUCAGAAGCAAGGCCAGCAACAGUAGCAACAACAGCAAGAACAACAACAACAAUUGCAGCUAUGCAGAGAAGAAGGAUAACAGCACGUGGAUUAAACAACAGCACAUGGCUGCAAUUUGUUGCCGUUGUUGUUGUUGCAAUCCUGCUCAAUUGCCAGCAGUGUCAAGCUGCCGGACGUGCACCGCCGGAGCCGUACUACGGCCGCUUCAUCGGACAGUUUACGAACUUUGCGCACGGCAUUAAGGGCUCCAUCUAUGCCGUGGACGAGUCCACGCUGUUUGUCAAAUCCUUUGCCUACGACGGCACCGGACCGGAUGCCUACUUCUGGGUGGGCAAGACGCCGCGGCCGUCGCCCGAGGGCUACAUUAUACCCUAUCCGGAGGAAUAUAACGGCGUAGAUCCGCCCGUUCUGUCGGCGCACAACAAUACGGACAUCAUACUGCGUUUACCCAUGGGCAAAAGGAUUAAGGACAUUCGAUGGCUGUCAGUGUGGUGCAGACGCUUUACGGUGGACUUCGGUGAUGUCUUCAUACCCGCCAAUCUGGAUGUGCCCAAGCCACGAGUGCUGCCCGAAUUCAAGCGUCUGGCCCAUGGCCUGCGCUCAAGCAACAUCAGCGUGCUGGAUGCCAAAACAUUUUACAUUCCCAAUUUGCAUUACGAUGGCGCUGGACCCGAUGCUUACUUCUGGGUGGGCAAUGGCAGCGAGCCCGAUUUGCGAGGCGUUAAGGUGCCCAAUGAGAUUGGUUCGCUGGAGCCGCUGCGCGGCUAUCAGGGCGAGGACAUAGAGAUUCAAUUGCCGGGCAGCUUGACUGUCUACGAUAUUGAUUGGCUGGCCGUGUGGUGCGUGGAGUAUCGUCAUAACUUCGGGCAUGUUUUCAUACCCAAAGAUCUGGAUGUGCCGCCUGCUUUGGGUCAGACCAAGAUAACGCCUUCAUGGUGGUACACACCCACAACCACAACGCCGCGUCCCGUCUACUCCAAUUGCCGCGAGAUACUGCCCAACAGGCUGCAGGUCAAGUGGGAGCUGCAGGGCGAAUACUUGCAGAUCGAACUGUUUGGACGCAUUACCGAGGAGCAGUACAUGUCCUUUGGACUCUCUGGCGCCAAUGGACGCGCCCAAAUGGCGCAAUCAGAUGUCGUUGUGGCUUUCUAUGACACCAAUGCGCGCGUGUUUCGUGCCGAGGACUAUUUCAUUUCCGAUCUGUCGCAGUGCGAUGGUCAGCGCGGUGUUUGCCCCGAUGAGCGCAUUGGCGCACGCAAUGACGUCAUCGUAGUGAGCGGAGAUCGCAAGAGCGGCGUCACCAGUGUGCGCUACAAGCGCCUGCUGCAGACCAAUGAAGCCAUCUACGAUGUGCCCAUUCCCAUAGAUCGUGAGGUCUCAAUCAUAGCCGCUGUGGGUCCGCUCAAUGCACGCAAGGAGGCCAACGCGCAUGCCCACACCGCCAGCGAUCAUAAUCCCGAUGAUAUACGCAUCAAUUUCUCCAAGCGCAACGAUCACUCCUGCAAGAAUUCGCUGUACGAAGUGAAGGACGAGAGCGGUCCCAGGCCUUGGCCCACGCGCAAGAUUCAGGGCGUCACCAAGUUCAGAGCAAGCAUUGGUCCCACUGGCGGCAAGCGUGGCUAUUCGGCUAUAACGGGCACGCCCAGCUGGGGCAUUGCCUGGUAUCUGAACGAUCAGCUCAUACCGGAGAUAACUGUGGAGCGUGGCAACACCUAUGAGUUUAUUAUCGAGGGCGGCAACGAUCCCGCGCAGCCCGCUAGAUAUCAUCCGCUAUAUAUCACCGAUUCACCUGAGGGCGGCUUGGGCCAAAAGGCGGGGCUGGAGGCACGCAAUCAGAAAGCUUAUGCUGGCGUGGACUUCGAUAGCGAUGGCAAUGCUAUACCCACGGGCUUGGGUCGCUAUUGCGAGUGGGAGCAUCGCACUGUGGAUCGUUCGUCGGAGAUUGAAACCUUUGAAGAAUUCAAGGACACGCUGGUGUUCAACUGCGAGGAUGGCGAGCCUGGGUAUAUGAAUUGGACAGUGCCACUAAACGCACCCGACUUGCUCUACUAUCAAUGCUUCACCCACAACACUUUGGGCUGGAAGAUUCACGUGGUGGACGCCGGUGCCGGAGCCAGUGCUGUCAGCCUCAAUCGCUCGACGCUGUUGCUCUACUUGCUUGCCACAGUUCUUAGCCUGGUUGCAACGCAUUCUCGACUUGCUGGCACUUUGCUUGCCUGAUAGCAUUCAAUUGAUUUAACUGGAAAUUUUCAAAUUGCCAGCACUUGAGCAAUGCCAGCAACUUUCACAUUUCACUACAAAGUUUUUCAAACGAAUUUACUCACUUUCAAUUAGGCAUGGCAUUGCUGAAGCUUCUGAACUGUGUGUAAAAUGCAAGCAAGCAGGCUUAUAUCGAAUGAAAAGGAAAACAUAUCUUCAGCAUUAUUUUUAAGGUGUAAAACUGUUGAGGCGUGGGUACUCUAAGGUCGCAGCGAAGGCAAACUCUUUGUAAAUUUAUGCAUAUGGAUAGUCUAUCUACAUUUUUUACAUGUACUAAUGUGUGUGUAUGCCAGUUGGUUUACAAAAACUUUAAAUUUACUGCAUAUAUAGAUACAUAUACACUUGUAAUUUUUGCUAGCAACAACUACUACUUACAUACUUUAAAAUUAAAUUACGGUUCGAUGUAUAUGUAAGCCGACAAUAAAUAAACGCGACAAUAAAUUGAAAUGUGCGCAAACAUAAAAUUUUAA